UAUUGUCCCAGUUUAUCGAGAGGAAGCUAACUUGCCUUUAAAACAAUACCUACAUUUUCUGGUUUUUAGCUUGCUAGAUCCCGCUUUAUAUUACACCGUAUAUUACGCUGCAAGACGUCAGAAUACCACAAGGAUUUUAAUUGAAGUUGACUGGGAAAGCACAUGGCAGAAAGACCAGAGGACCUAAAUCUUCCGAACGCUGUCAUCACACGGAUUAUUAAAGAGGCGUUGCCCGAAGGAGUGAAUGUAUCCAAAGAGGCAAGGAGGGCCAUCUCACAGGCUGCCAGCGUGUUCGUCCUGUAUGCCACGUCAUGUGCAAAUAACUUUGCGAUGAAGGCCAAGAGGAAGACACUCAACGCAGGGGAUGUGAUGGCAGCCAUGGAGGAGAUGGAGUUUGAGCGCUUCCUCCAGCCUCUGAGAGAGGCCCUGGAGGCCUACAAGAAAGGGCUGAAGGGGAAGAAGGAGGCGUCUGAACAGAAACGCAAAGACAAGGAAAAGAAGACCGAUGCAGAAGAGAAUGACAAGAGCAGGGAGGAGGAAACCCUCGAGGAAGAGGAUGAGAACAUGGAGGAGGAACAGGAAGGAGAGAACGAGGGAGAGGAGGAAGUGGAGAACUAAGGAAACCUGCGUUGCGACCCCCAGGGAAAUCCGGCAGACCACGAAAUGUGCAUUUGCCCCUGAAAGAAAAACACGAUUGCACUUCUAGGUAAUCCUGACCGUGGCAAGAUCCCUGUAAAGUAGUGAUGGUGAGAGUGAGGCUUUAUUGGCCCCUGAUUGGGUGAAACCGUCCUGUUUAGUCUAUGACUCAUGGCGUAUAACCAAUUGUAGUGGAGGUAAUUCUCAGAUGUAUUUUCCCCUCUUCCAUUUGGAAUCAUCAGUUGUUCUCUGGUCUCAUGCGAGUGCUGUACUGCCUGCACCCACAUGCAUAUACACACCACUGAUACACCCGCUUGCAAGCCAAUGACUGUUGUCUACACAACAUGCUGCAGGAGCCUUGCUGAGUCUUGAGCACCUGGUAAACAGUGGUGCUGGGAGACCGGGGUGCAGAGGGUGUAGUAACCUGCAGAACCUUGGCCAUCUUUAACUCAUGCUACUUAACCUAGGCAUUAUGAUGGCAGCCAUGUCCUGCUAAUGCAAACCCCUAGUCAUAGGCAGCUAAAGACAGCCCAAACUCAAAUUUAUGUCAGUUUUUGGUUGGUUUCUAACAGUCAGUGACUGACCGCACAUGCUAGCAUCACCCGUAGUAGAGUUUGUAAAGCCUAACCCUCCCAACACAAGUAUGAAAUUCUCAGUAUAAACAAACGAGCAAGGAACAGCUGUGCCAUGAGUUCCACAGUUAACUUGGGUCCGGUUUCCAUCUUCUAAAGCCUUUUAUUAAGGUUGAGGUUCACUAUAGCCAUUAGUGUGUUAUAGUGAUUGGUUGGCUUUCUAGUUAUUGUUCAUCAGCUUUGAAAUUGAAGUGUUCACUACCAGUGUGAUGUACAACAGUUUGAUUUACCGACACUUCUCGGUCAUGCUUUAUAGAAAAUAGUAGAUUCUUGUAGAAAUUUGUUGAAUGUCCAUCGAAGAAAAAAAUAUGCAGCACUGCCCAAGGAAAUGUACCACUGGGUUUGUGAACUGAUGUCACAAGUCACAACCAGAUGUUCUACCUCUGAUUUGGAAUGCAUCAAUGUACUCAGUCCUCAACAUACAUUACUGUAUUGUUCCAAGGUACUUUACCUAAAAGUGUGUAUGUGUGUAAAGAUACAAAUUGGAAAAGAGACUUCAUUUGGGCAGGUGUUUUCUGAUAUUUAGAAUGAUACAACCACAACCAGCACAACAUUGUUCUACAGAUAACAUCAAACAUCAGUGUGGAAUUGAAGCGUGUAUGGGACAACAGAAUUAACAUACCUUUUUUAUUUACAUGUGAUAAAAGUUCAUUAAAACUGCAAAUUGUAUUGUAGCUCAUAACAACUUACUGCCAUAAAUGUUAAUACGUCCCACCGUUAGACCCACCUUUACUGAUCCCUUGUAAUAAGGUGAAUGCUGAGUUCAAUUAUUUGUAUAGCACUCAGAAUGUUUUAUACUUAAUAUUUGACUACUUUUCUAAUAAACAUUUGUAUAUAGA